CUAGGAUCAUAUAUCUCAUCCAACAACAAACGGUUGACAAGGUCUUAGAUGUAAACUACAACCUACAGAUCACAUGUAAACUGCAAGCUGUCAAGUUGGGACCAUAUUUAACUGCAGAUUUUAGAUAUAAACUGCAACCUGUAGAUUACUGGGAGAUGAGCGUUAGACCAACAUAUCUUAUUCACGUGACAUUGGACGAGUUCCAGAUUUGAGGAGUUUUUGUGUUUAUUUAUAUAGCAUUAGGACCACGGGAUUAAGGUGUAAUGAGAACUAUUGUUAUCCAAGCUUUUAGAAAGCAUGCUGACUCUAAUCCAAGCCCCAUUUCUGUUGUUAUCUGCAUGGCAUAUUGAGACGUCGUAGCUAUAUAUCAAACAAACAAAAAACACUUUUACUCCACACUAUGGAUUUCCCCCCGAGGAACCACACUAUGGAAUUUCAAUAUUACAUGUUGUAUUUGUGUUAUUCUGUUCAGUACACAUCUCAUCUCAGGAAAGUGGAAACUACAAGUAGUCAUUUGUUGGUAGGCAAGCCAAUAUGUCAUAUGCUUGGUUUAUUCACUGUCACACAGAAACAGAAGACAUCCAUUUUCAUUUAUGCAUGACAACUUUGAUUAGUUCUUUAGAACUACAAUCGCAAAACAAUGCUGAUUAGUUCUGCACAUUUAUGGUCUUGUAACCCUCUGUUUACAAGACAACACACUCCAUACCCCUGUCAUCUUAAAAUCCAGUAUAUUUCCAUGCCUAAAUGCUAAUUAUUUUCCACUAAGGCCAAGCCGCUUUACACAUUUUUGGUCAUCUCUACCUGACAACCUGGUUGCCUGCCAAUCCUGCACUCCAGUUCUAUUCUUUUGCCAGUAGGAGUACUUCUCUUCAGAAUUUUUGAACUUGGACAACUAAUAAAUUGUCUUUUUUUGUCGUGUGGCUUGUGACAACCCAGUGUUGCUUCCCUGCUAACCCGGCGGCGCACAUGUGCUCGAGGUCCCACGAGCACUCGGAGGCUGGGACAACUCAUUUUAAACUACCUGUAUGUGAUACCUACAACAACUCAUUUUUGUACCAUUCUUUUCAAUUUAGUUGGGUGAUACUUCGCCAUGGAGUUCGUCCGCGGCGGGGAGCUCUUUGCGCGCGUCGCCAAGGGCCGCCGCAAGGAGGACACCGCGCGCAGGUACUUCCAGCAACUCAUCUCCGUCGUCGGCUUCUGCCACGCCCACGACGUCUUCCACCGCGACCUCAAGCCCGAGAAUCUCCUCGUCGACGAGCGCGGUGACCUCAAGGUCUCCGACUUCGGCCUCUCGGUGGUCGCCGACCAGUUCCACCCCGAAGGCUUCUUAUCAUCGGUUCAUGUUACCGAAGAGCUGGCCAUAGCAGAAGUUGGUUUCGGACACCCAGAUCACCUAUCAAGAGCAGAGAAAAUGCAAAGCCUAAUAGAGUGCUCUUUACAGCACGUUCUUGGGUGCAAUGUGGAGAUCAGAUUCAAACUUGUACCUUGUCCAGUGAGAAAAUAUGCUAGGUUGAAGAGACACUCGUUCAGUUUUCUCAGUUGCUCUGGCCGGAAGCAAGAGCUGUCAGAUUCAGUUGUGACUGAUGAAGACGAAGCUGUGAGGCCUGGGGCAAGGGAGACACCGCUUAAAGGCUACAAGGGCCAGCAGAUUCAGUUUUGUCAGUUGCGUCAAGGCUACAAGGGAGACACAGCUUAAAGGCUACAAGGGAGACACCGCUUAAGUUGUGUCAGAUUCAGUUUUCUCAGUUGCGCGUAUGAGCCUUACGAGCAGUGUCCAAGAUCAGUUUCAAGGGCUACUUACAGUUCAAGAGAUGAUGACUUAUGUGAAGACUAAGUAGGAGACAACUCAUGGGCAUAAGCAGAUUUUCUAGAAGAGGAGAGCAGCACUUGAUGACUUUGAUAGGUUCAAAGUCAUGCUGGCAAAGAUCGAGGGGUGGUGCUAUCAGGCAAGAGCUCGCCAAGUUGAAGAAGGCAUCCAUGGCUUAAUGGGUAUCUUUUAGUGGAUGUCAUGUUAUAGUUUUUGGUUCUAAGUUGGAUCAACAAUUCGAUUGAGUGUCGACAAAGACAGACAUACUAAUAUGUUCCCUGUGAAUACAUUUCAAACUUUAUCAAGCAUGGAAGUGCUCUAGAUAUUUUAUCGUGAAUGAUAAUGAAAUAUAUAAGGUAGCUUGCGUCAAAUGCGUGAUCUGUACCAUUUUUGUUUUGUUUAAAUAUUGGAAUAAUCUAUUUUGUGAUAUUGUCUAGGUUGAUAU